CAACUUCUCUAGUAUAUUGUAGUAUUUAGACUGACUGACGGUAAAACUUGCGUAUAUACUCCUUGAUCUUUGAAAAAGCCCAUGAUUACUCUAUUGUUGGUACCAAAUAAACAUUGAUUUCAUUAACCCGGCCUCAUGGCCACUGUUUCAGUGAAACAAUUACUUGAGUCUUGUUAGCAGCAUCUACUCAUUCACUGGGAAUACACUCAAUUUGGUUUUGUGGUGAUAAAAGUCUGUGGUUUGUAGACGCCGCGUGUGCAUCGCCAUGUUGAGUAAGUGAGUACGAAUAACUGAUGGAAAAAAAAAAGCAGAGAAAAGGGAAGAACGUGAAUCAACUGGAAUUCAUUCACAAGUGACACAUUAUUUGGUGCCAAGUAUUGAGUUAACUGCACCAUUGAUAUACAUUUUUCUCUCUUCAACGGUCUGUUUGGAUUCUGCUGAACCUCCAUGUGAAAGAGUGACGUUUGUGGAUGUACAGUGAAGUGCUCCAAGUGCAUGCAGUGACAGUGGCAAAGCUGUUGUGUUGAUCUCAAUUUAUUCAUAAACGUGUAAUGCGUGCUGACAGCAGAGCCGAGAGCACGUUGAAUACGCACGAAAGAGGAUGAAGCCCCUCGUGAAAAGGCGGAAAGGGGGUUCACAGUUCGACGGAGCGGUUAACGACCGGGAAACGAAAAAACCGACGUUGUUCGGUCAUCCCGGCUACGUCGACGCACACAAGGUGUACGUGUGCUAUCAAAGAUGAGUGAAUUAUCAGUAAAUAUUGACAAAACCAUUGAUGAAGACGGUUACAAUGGGGAUACGGUGGCAACUGCUGCCCAGGAGGAGAAACAAAUGGAACAGCUAGUGCCAGAUUUAUAUAUUGAUAUCGAUGGGACUGAUGAUAUGGAUCUUGCCAAUGCUCCCAAUCCUUGGCUUCCUGCCUAUGGCUUUCAGAUACAGCAUCAGCACUCAAAUUUUCAACCGACACACGAGGAUCUGCGAGCCAAUGAUGUCAAUUUGGUACAGCAAGUUGACUUUCUGGAGACCAUCCUCGAGGAGACUUCGGACGAUUUGCAGAGUGAUUCUGAUCGCAGUGGCACCACCUAUUGGCUAGGUUCUGACUCCGAGACAGAAAGUGUCAUACACAUAAAAUCUAAUCAGAGAGCAGCUGCAGAAGAUCGACCCGAUGGUAGUGGAAGCGAGUGCAAUUCCGUAGUACCAAAGAAACGUCGACGUAGAAACGGUGCUGGUGACAGUGAUUCAUAUGUCCAUCUCAGUGAGUGGGCAUCACCACGCUCAUCAAGAUCCUCAGCAUCCUCGCGCUCAUCAAAAUCUUCACGCUCAUCCUCACUCAAGCAAUUUGAAACACUCGAGAGAACCUGCGCAACAGUAUCGCCGUCUGGCUAUAGUUAUGAUUCUCUCGAGUACUCGAAUCGUUCGAAUUCACAUUUCGAGAAUACAUCACCAGACAGCCUUGAGGAAGAAGACGAUACUGAUGAUGAUGAUGAUCGAACAUUGACUAAUGUCAAAAGGCCUUCGUUUAGCCUGAGUAAUUCUCACGUGGAAUUUCCAAAGAUACGCCCUUUUCGCAGCUUCGAGAGCCUCGGGACUAAUCAGAAGACGAGCGAAUCAUUUGACCAAGAAAUUGGCCAUGGUUUUUUAUUCGCUAAAACGACAAGCAACGAUCUCAGUGAGUGUGAUCGACGCUCUGCUAUCAAGAGGAAUGAUUACUGGUAUGCUAAGUGCAGUGGCAAUUAUGAUUAUGAAGAAGACUCGGAGGAUUUAGAAGACGACGAUGAUGACGAGGAUGAUGGUGCUGGGUGUCAGUAUGCAGGUGCUUUAAACGACCAUCGAGGCUUCCUAACAUUCCCAGACACUGUUAACAAUGGAUAUUCGACAUCCCUAGACUUUAGAAAUACCAUUGAUCUCCGUGAAAUUGGUCUUGAACCUGUGAAACAUGAAACAAUACUGGACCUGGCCCGUUCGCAGAUAGGCUCUACCACUGGUCUACUACACCCCAAACUAAAUAUAACUAGCAAUAUGGCGUCGGGAAUCGCAUCCGGCCAACAUGAUCAGCAUCAACGAGGGUGGAGCAACUCUGAAACGUACGAUUUUAAUUUUAGAAUGACUAACAAGUCCCGCAGUGUGCCCGGUCUUAGCAGUCUUGCCAGUAGCACUGACAUAUCAGUAUCAGCGUCACUAUUGUCACGCUACAAUCAUAAUUACGAUAGCCAUUAUAAUUAUCCAUCAUCACUGAAUUUAUCAUUUGAUAAUUACACCCGGGUUGCUAGUCUUCCAGUUAAUAUCAAUCUUUGUGGUAGUGAUAAUGUCAUGGAUGGUGAUGAGACAGUGACUCUGAACAAUCGAAUUCACGAAAUGGCCGACGAAACGAUGAGUGUUAAUGAGAGCAGCGGCGCUGAUGAGGUGAUCAAUUCGAGAGAAUUACCCAAACGAACGUCCUCUGUCAGGACACAGAAGCUAUUGAAUAAUCAACACUUGCACGAUUUGCAAAUUGAAAAUACUGCAGAGCCAGCCACUGUUGCCAGUGCUUCGCCGAAUGAUAUUCAUGAAAACGAUAUAGAUAUGAAAGAUGAAAUGUCUCCGUUGAACGAACCCACGACUAAUGAUUUAAAUACUAAGAUUUUAACAGUCAAAACUCAAGAUCCUGGUAAUCACGUGCUGGAAAUGGCGAGGGCCAUGGAGAACGAUAUUGACUCAGUCGUCGACGAGGCAAUAAAGCAAUUGAAACGUCAAGUCGAGGAGGCAACAAAUUCACCAGGUAAUGUUACAUUUGCUAAAGAUCAUCCGAGACAACGAAAGAUAAAAAACAAUGCGAGUUAUGAAUUGGCGCAGCAGUGGCAAGUUGACGAAGAAAAUUUUCAAUUUAGAAUGAAAAGUUGUAUCGAAGCUGCCGAUGAAUCAUCCCCAACGAAUUCACCGACUAGACGUCGUGUACAUAACAAUGCCAGUUACGAAUUGGCACAACAAUCGGAUUAUAUAAAGGCCUUACAAUCGAUGUCUAGGCCCUUUCAGCGUAUGGAUGCCUGUGACGAAUUGCCAGAAUUUUCAUCGAGAAAUUUGAGUCAGCAGCCGCGUAAUAGUCCCAUUGUGCUUGAUAAUGGCAAUGGCCAGUUCAACGACAGAGAUACUGCUGGAAUAAUCGCUAGAAAUAAGUAUUCACCACUGCCGAACUACGGGAAACAAGAGGAGUCACAUGAACAAAUAGUACAGCAGGAUAGUAUAAUCGAUCAGAUAAAAAAAAACUCGGAAAUAUUUUCAAUUUAUGGAGAAGGUGCUAGUGCUAGUGGUGUUGAUAUAGACGACGAAGUAGAUUUACCCUGCUUGGAAACAAAACCCAUAGAUGGUGAAAUAAAUGUUAAUAAUUAUGUACGACGAGGAAUUAAUCAGGAGGCAACUGGUGAUAGGAAUCCACCAGAGAGAGUUACACUGUCAUUUUUGAGUGAUUUUUAUCCGGAUCAGAGUAAUGAAGUUGUAUCAAAAAUGAACAGUGACAGUAACAAUAGUAUUUUUAAAAAUGAAGUAAUAGUUAAUGGUGAAACUAAAAUGGCGCUAUGUGCAAAUGAUGAUGAUGAUGGUGAUGGUGGUGGUGGAGGUGGAUGUGAAGGAGGAGUUAUGCCUGGAGAACGUUUGUGGAGGGUAGUGGUGGAGCAGGAGAACUCGAUAUUCGGUAUGGACGGGUGGGGAAGUAAAGAAGAGGUGGAUAAUGUGGAGAAGGAGGAGGAAGAGACAGUAGUAGUGGAAACUCAACGUCUGGUGGUAGAUGAUACGAGUCAAGCCAGUGAAUAUACUGUUGUAUCGGUAUCCAGUAGUAGUGUAUCAGUUGAAACAAGUGACAAUAAGACUAUUCCAGGGUUGACAGACGAAUCCCCGGAUUUACUCGGUGUAAAUAAAAAUAUUGAUAAUCGAUCGUCGUCGUCUUCGCUGGAAAAAGGUGCAGAUACGUCAACCCCCUGCGGUGAAAUGUCAGCGAUAGCUGCUAAAAGACUGGCAAUGGGCCCCAUGCAAUCCUCCAGCCCCAGGAAUAGCCAAUUGUUACCAUCAAAUAAUGACCCGACUGUUGUGACAAUGCCAAUUGGUGAGAGGAAAAAAUCAGGAUUAGGUGGAUUUCUUCAGCGUUUCUCAAAAUUACGAUUCAGUGGCCGGUCAAAAGUUCCAAGAUCGGAAGUUAAAAGAAGCGAAUCGGACGGUAUCAUCAAGGGUAAAGCGCAUAAAGAAAACGAUGAUACACAACAGUCGCUCAGUAUAAAACGUAAAAAAGAGCCGGAUUAUAUCAUCAUACCUCUGCAUCCACCACAAGAAGAAAAAAUAAAGGAUCACGACCACGAAGAUAGUUCACAGCCUAAAAGAACGGAUCUUGAACGAAGUGCUUCAUCUGUUGGUGGUACAGGGAGGCCGCCAGUGUGCAUGAGUAAACCACCUCUACCCCCAUUAGCACCCCAGGGUGUACGCGCUUGUGCAGCAAGUCCCAGGGCGACGUCGGGCGUCGUCAAUACGCGCCGGCGCGCGACAACGGACCUGGGUAGCCCAGCUGUCAUCGAGAUGGCGAAAGCUCGCGCGAUGCAACAGCAGCAGCAACACCAGCAACACUAUCACAAUCAUCAUCACCAACUUCAUCAGGUGGUGCACGGUCAUCAGGAGGAACGGCCUGUUGGCCUCCUCGAGACCGAUCUCGAUGAUGAGACCGUAAAUGUCGACGUUACGAGUAAAAAUUUGACUGAUCAAGACGAGGGUGAUACGUUGACUGUUGGUGGACGUGGUAGUGCCGCACCCGGUAAGAAGACCCGCAGUUUACUCAAUUUAAAUCAUACCUGUCGUCAGGGACGUGACAGUAUCACCGAGAAUAUUAACGCCCUACGGGUACCGCAAUCACCGGGAGCUGCUUGUCGAAAUACCAACGAUCAUCCUGAUCAUUCGUCCGGAACCAUUAAUCAUCGACCCCACAAAUCCAUGGAGUUCCUCCUGGACAAGGAGAAUCUUCAUUUCAUCAAGCCACCAGAGAAUGAGUUGCAAAAAGUGGGAGAACGUGUGCCAAGUGAACACGAGCUCAGAGUACAAAGAUCCCUUCAACGUCUGAACGUCCCAGACUGGUAUAAAAAUUCGCCAGCAGCUCGCGAUGGUUUCCGGUUAAAAAGACACUCGGAUGCAUCACAACACGGUGGUUGGCGUUCACUUGGUUCGAAAACUACAUCACUGUCAUCUCUAUCGUCGUCUUCCAAUCGCCAGCCAGCCACCGCUACCACUGGACUACUUUUGAGUCCCAGUCCAACACCUCCGGUCUUCUCAAGAUGGAGUACGAGCCUGCUGAACAGUGCUGGCAGUUCACCAGCGAAUUCUGCACGCUCGUCUUUCAAUCAUCGUCAACCUUAUCUCGGUUGGCGUUCCCAAGAACGUCUCGCCAAUCCCCGAACCCCAGCUGAACGUCUUGCUCAGGGUAUUCUUCCUCAAGUGCAAAAUGCAAAAAAGCAACAACAGCAGACAAAUCAACAGAUUGAGGUGAGAAAUUCGAUAAAAGAAGUGACAUCGGCAAUUGUACACUAUGUGCAAAGCGGCCAGGAGGUCGUUGCGAGUGGUGUUGGUGAUGGUAGUGGUGGAAGGCUCUCACCUCGACCUCGACUCGACGAACCAGACGACAGAGGUGGAGCGAGAUCCACAAGUCCCAGAGGGAGCGUAAAACUAUGUUGGAUGGAAAGUUCAUUUGUUGGUUCACGACGCGUUGAUUCCCCGGAAACCCCCAUGAGCCUGGCAACUGACACCGAAUGCUGUACAGGAUGUAAUACAGUGGGAACCGAAUCGUGCAGCUGCAUGGACUCGGCAACAUCCGGAUUAUAUCUGGACUUGACACCAACUAGAGACGAACCGACGCACCAAAAAGGGGAUUAUGAUCAACAAACUAGGAGUACAACGUGCUUGUGUCCAUCACCAUCGACUUCUCAUUAUCACCAACAAAAACAACAUCGAUACACUCAACAACGACAUCAUCGUGGAUCGGGACAGAGUGAGGAUGAUGAGGCGAUGGCAACCGUAGGUCUUCUCCACAAUAAACCCAGUCCUGGUUCAACAACACUCGAGGAUGUGCUUGAUUCAUUGCUCGGACUGCCCCCAGCAUCACGUACACCGAGCCCAGGCCCAGGGCCAAUAACAACCGGUAGUGGAUCAUCGUCAAUGCGCCAUCACCGUACAGGUGCAACAGCACAGUCAAAUACUAAAACAGGAAAGAGCUGCAGUGACCUGCGCCAAGACCUCCAAGAGUGCGCUAAUAAGGGAGCUCCAGAGUCUCCAACGAGUUGUCCAGAUCCCCGAGUUACCUCCUACAAUGUUGGUGGUUUGGUACAGCGACGAAAGAGCGAAGGCAGUGACAUCGUUCCACCCCAUCGUUUAUCCUGCCGUAGCUCAUCGAACGUGCGCAAUCGUCGUGUGUCAUUUGACAGUGGCCAGGAAAAUCCUCCUCCGAUGGCAGCAGACAAGCUCGUCAAAUGCCGCAAUCACAAGUGCAGCAACAGUACAUCCCUGGCCGAAGCAAAACGACUGUACAAGAGUUGUCACAAUUGCAAUUAUCUCUAUUGUUCCAAGGAAUGUAGAAGAGCCCACUGGCCGCGCCAUCGAAGGACAUGCCUCCACUAUCGUGCUGGUACCCUCUGCCGCCAAGUCCUCUCAUCAGCUAAAGAGGAUCCAGCCACCAUCAAGCACAUUUCAGCUUUGGCAAAGCGGGGUUACGCAGCUCACGGUCGAGGCGCUGUCAAGUGUUUCUUCACUAGUCCCGAGACAGCUGAACAGUUCAUCGGGAAUGGGUUUAAAGAUUUCGGUGAACCAACCUACGUGCGUUGCUCUGAUCUACUCACCAGUGAAAUGGGAGCCGAACUCUAUGCAGAGAUAAUGCGUUUGUGCAAGACAUACAAUCCGGAAACAAGACUCGUCCUGUUUGUCGCGGUCUGCGUUGUCAGCGAGGUGCCAUCAAGUGGUGCGGUCAGAUGGGAACGUCAGCUUGUCUCUAGAUGCGGUAAGAUUCGUCUCGAUCCAUCCCAGAGAACUGUUUCCUCGGUCAUAUCCCCAUCGCAAAAUAAACAUCAAAUCCAACCAUCAGCUUCCACUGUUACCACUAUUCCACUGCAAUCUUCCCCAUCAAAUCAUCCAGCAAUCACUCGUGAAAUGGACUCUCCAGAGACACUGGUACUCACUUCACUACCGGACCAUCAAGGACAGAAUACAACUCGACGUACACGUGAAAUUGGAUUCACCAAUAUUCAGAGACAACUGAGACAGCGCGGUGUAUCACUCCGACGACACUUUCCUCAGGUUUAUAUGAAAUUAUCUUCUUAUGUAGACGGGACUGUUGAUAAAUUUGCACCAGUUACUAUUUAUCCGCGCGAUCAGGCGUCUGGUAAAAGUUUUAUGUGCAUUAUCAUGCUCGACGCAGAGCCGGAGAGACUGCAGCUGUUACCAACUGACUCGUCGCGAGUCAGAACUGUUGAUAUCAGUGUUGAACAGGAGUGAUUGUAAAUCUACGAGACAUGAAAUUUUCUUUUGUUUUCACUCUCACUAUGAUAACGAUAUUAAUUAACACAAGUAUCCGAGUUCAGAUGAGUUUUCACUGAGAAAUUCAACGAAUAUUCGCUCAAUCUCCGGAAGUUCAGCCCCUACUAAACUAGCUGAAGUGGUAAAUCAUCCAAAAAACUCAGUCAUUUCGAUUGUUCCAAUGCUGAAAAUCAAAAGAUUGAUUCUCCCUUUCUCUCUCUAUCUCUCUCUCUCCCUCUCCUGUCCUUCUUUCUGUUCAUCGGGUUCGGUAAAUUUGUGUUCGUAAGUUCAGUUCAAAGAAGGAUUCGAGGAGUUUUAUUUUUAAUGACUCAGUUGCGUUCAGGAACGUCAAAGUAAAGAGUCUCAAGUGAGAAAAAUCAAAUAGGAAAGUGCUUUUUGAAGAGAAUACGUAUAAAAUAUAUUAAUAUUAUUAUCGCUGGACCAUGAAGCUUAUACGAAACAUGCUAAAAAGUGUGCCAAAAAUAUGAAAAGUGAUGAAUUAAACGUAUGAUCUUAUUCUCGUUCACUAGCAACGGCAAAGUAUCAAAAUUCAGGGGAGACUAAUGAAAAACAACCAAAACCUAAUGAAGAAAAUCUACGAUAAAUUAUAAAUGAUGUGAUGGCAUUCUCUUAUCCUCUUUCUAUCUAGAUUUUCUAUUCUUCGAGCGUAUAGACCCUCAAUUCAUUAUUAAAAAAUUGAAAAAAAAAACUAACAACGGUGCCAAGGCAUUGACAGCUAGCAAUGCAUCCAGACAAUGCCAUUUUAUUCUUGUAAAUAAAUAUAUUGCCAAUUAUUAUUCAAAGAGGAGUAAAGAUAAGUAGGAGCAGAAAGUAACUCAAAAAUUUAAAAACAAUACAGUUGGCCACCUCCCGUGUAAGCAUUACAACAAAUAAAGCAGAUGACGUUAUAUAAAUUGAAUUAUAAUUCAAUUAAUGCGUUUCGUCGGACAGGGUUCUAAUUUUUGUAAAUAACUUUAUUAUUUUGCACAUAAGGAGCAAUAGAAAAAUGAUGUUGAAUCAGUUUGUAGUAGAGUUAUUGAAUCUCGCUAUGUCUUUUGGGGAGGAAAAAGAACAAUAGAACUUUCUAGAUGCAAAGUGGUCCCAAAUUCAUCCAACCACUACGUGAAAAGUAGUUGUCUAAUUGAUUUAAUAGAUGAAAUGUUUUUAAAAGAGAUGUACUCGCAUGAAAAUGCACUCGAAGUGGAAGAAUACGAUGGCGAAUGAAAGUCGAUGAUAUUCUUUCGUUUACUGCUUAACAAAAAAAAUCGACACAGUCUCAUCUUCCCGUUUGUCAUCAUCUCUCAUUAUGAAUUUUGUUCAUUGUUAUUGAAUAUCUUUUAUUAUUAAUAUUGUAAUAAUGCGGAAAUCGUUGACCCGCAGUUGUUUAUUGAUUAAUAAAAUAUAACAACCGUUACUAAUUACUGUAAUUUUCAUUUGAAUGAUAAAUUGACUAGGAGAAUGAAAAUUUCUAAAAGAAAUCGAGGAUAAAGUAUUAUAUAUCAGCGCUAUUUGUCCGCUAAUACUGUUUUUUGGUAUUUAUGUAUGUAUUACUUUACGAAAUAAACUGUUAAUUUUAUUGGAGAAGCUCAAAAAAU